UAUACUUGUAUUAUUGUCUCUGAAAAAUCUCAACUCAAAUCUCACAUUCGGUAGUAACACAACAAUAUUUCUCAUCCAGUAUUUUGUGUUUAUUAUUCUAAACGAUCGCCGUACACACGCUCCGAGCUCGUAAUAAGCCAUAUGCCAAUUACCACACGAAGCUCAGUAUCUCCCGUAACGAUCGCGAGCUACGGUACUCGCCGGUAAAAUCCAAUAAUUUAUAAGUAAUCGCCGCAACGAUGUUGCUCCAUAGCUUAUUGGUUUUUCUUCUCGUCGCGUCGUCCGCGCGGUGGCCGAGCUGCAACGGCAAACAUUUCGUCGUCGACGAGCCACUCGACGUCAAAAAAUUCAUCGCGCACUACAGGCAUCUGGUGGCGCCCGAAGACGCGACCGAGAGGUUGUUCGCGCGAUUCGGCCGCGCCAUAAUCCUGUCCAAGGAGGAGGCCGUGCUGCCACUGAUCGAGUGCCACUCGACGAUCGGCCGAUGCAUCCUCGCCGACAAUCACUACAAAAUCAACGACGAGUACUGGGUCGAGCGCAAGAAGCACGUCCACUGCUCGAGGGACCUCAAGCCGGUCAUGAUGUACGAGCACGUCACGGGCUUCGCGAUGCAGAGCUACCCGAACUUUUUCGUGCUCGACUGGAGAUACAAGAUCGACGUGGGUCUGCUGACGGUCCAGGUGGGCGACGACGUGAAGAACAUAAGCCUGCCGGUGGACGCCGGCCCGAAGAAGCAGCGCAGGACCGUGCAGAUCGUCUACAAGGCGGGCUGCAAAGUCGAGACGAUCUACGAGGGCAACAAGCACGAGCUGCAGCCCAUGGAGGACUUUGUGUUCGCCGAGGAGAUCGGCGAGCUUCACACGUUCUUUACGGAUUUCGAUAUGUGUCCACAGGGCGGCAGAGGCCUCUCGACUUGGGACGUCGAGGAGAGAAGGGACGUGGGCCCGACGUGCUUCAUGAAGCAUCUCGCGGACACGACGAAUCUCACUCAUAAAAUCGGAAGCAGAGUCGAGGGCGUCAAUUACUUUGACUUCUUUAUGCUGGACAGAAAUCAGGACGAGUGGAACGGCUACAUGAUAGAUUACCAGCAUCAGGAACCUAAUCUAGUCUUCAGCUUCCCGGCCGGAAACAUCACCGGGAAAGAUCUCCAAUUCGUGUUUAAUUACGAGUACACACUGGCCUGCUACGCCCAGCACCACCAAACGAAUUCGUCCCUGCUCUGUCUGUACAUCGACGUGCGCCAGAACAGCACGCGAAAAUUCACGAUGGACCACGAGACGCACAUCGGCUCCUUCCAGCUGCACUACCGCAAGGACGGAGAAUUUUACCUGCUGAUCAAGGCCGCCCGCGAGCUCGAGAGCCAGCGCGACAUAUACGAGCUGUGGCGCGUCAAGAUCGAUGGCCAACGCGGCAAAGCCGAGGAGAAGCGCUACAACGCGUUCAGGGUGCAGCGCUUCUUGGCGCCGGGCGACGCCGUCGCCGCGUACAUCGACCACUGGGACGACGACGACGAGGAGGUCGUCUGCGUGAGCUUCGAGUGCAAGCAAGAUCUCUUGAGGCUGCACAAUACCGGCCGCUACGCCAGCCUUCGCGACUAUUACUUCAAGCGAUUCUACAACAAGUGCUUCGCGAAGAAGGACUUCGACGACGCGAAGCUCAAAGUGAUCGUACAUAAACGUACUUAAUAAUAAUUAUUGUUACAUCCCUAAAAACAAUUGUAAAUAUUUUGAACUCGACAAGUCGAGCGAGACGUAUAAUAAUGAUAGAUUUGCGAAGAAAUCUAAAAUAUCUAUAUAUCCCCGAUGUUAUGACAUACGCGUUUAGUUGCUGUACGUAUUAUGUAAAUUUAUAACUAAUAUAACCAAUAUAUAACACAAUGAGCCAUUGAGCUUCUGCCGUAAGCUCUCUGAAUACACAUACACAGACAGAACA